AUGGGAGCCAUCGUGAAGAAGUUUUAUCAACCGCUAUUGAUCCAGAUCGUGCUAGUGCUGCUACGGGGAACAAAGCCGGCAAACGCUUUGCUAGGUAAUCUGUUCCCUCGUAUUGGCCCUCCUCUCGCCAACGAGAAUAGAGAUCCAUCCAAAAACUUUUAUUCGGAAGCGACUGUAGCCGCAGAGCCUCUCAGCAUUCGGAUACGUUCCACUUCCGCUUCUGAUUUAAGUACAGUCGCUGCUCUGCUUUCGACAGCCUCUGUUGGUAGUCCCAAGGGCCUUGGGGCUCAUGCAUUCAAUUGGCGACAAAAGAUGGACGCACUCUGGGCAAAAGCGGACAUUGAAGCCUUGCUACGGGUUCGUCUCGAAGCACUCCACGAAGGACGAAAACGCCUGCACCAUUUACAAAGCAUCCCGGACUUGGAAGAGCAGGAUCGGCUACGACUACUGUGGUCCAACGAGCGCUUGCGCAAUCGAAUUGCUACCGCAUCACGGCAAACCGGCGAAUCCAACGUCUGGCAGUCUCACAAUUUUGCGCUGACCCCCGACGAUUCGUCGUGGAUGAACCACGUACAAAUGACGGCAGAAGACGUUAGCACGGGUCAAGUAAUUGGCUUUUGUGAAGUGGCCAUGCUGAGUAACCCAGUUGCAAUUCUGGAGAACGACGAUGGGGAAUGUGUGUUUGGAUACUCUCCAGCUAUCACAAACUUGGCGACCGAUCCAGACUUUCGUCGACAAGGUGUGGCCACUCGAUUGCUCCGCACGGCAGAACGCGUUGUACGCAGAAAGUGGCAAGCAAACUCUAUUGGUCUCUACGUGGAAAAAGAAAACAAAGGAGCUCUGGCCUUGUAUAGAUCGAGAGGAUUCGAACCGAAAAAGCCAUGUGAAGGGGGAGAUCGACUCGGAGAAAUGUGGUACAUGAUGCGCUCAUGGGAGGAAACCAGUGCUCCUUUACAGAUAGAAGGUUGA